AUGACAUCCCACCCCCACAACCCCCUCGGCCACAUCUCCAUCGGAGUACGUGACUACACCGUCUCCAAAGCCUUCUACACGGCCGUCCUCGAGCCCCUGGGCCUCCGCCUGGUCUUCGACAGCGAAGAACCAGCUUCAACAACCCUUUCUAAACCUAAGCCCACCUCUCAAACAGCAACAAACACCACCCAAACCAACAGGGUCCGCACCCUAGGCUACGGCCGCGACCCGCAGCACGAAUUGCUCAACAUCUUUGAGUUCGGCGAGGCGGCCUCGCCACCGGGGCCCGGGUUCCACCUUGCACUGACGGCGCCGUCGCGCAUGGCGGUGGUGGAGUUUCAUGAGCGGGCGAUGGCGGCCGGCGGGGAGGAUAAUGGGUUACCUGGGGUGAGGAAGCAUUAUGGGGCGAAUUAUUUUGCGGCGUUUGUGGUUGAUCCGGAUGGGUGGCGGUUGGAGGUUGUUUGUAAGGAUGGGGAGUAA